AUGAAAUUUGGGGAACAGAUGAGGGCUAGCUUUGCUCAAGAACUUGCAGCCAAUGUGAGGGUCGUGCAAGAUAACCCUGAGAAGAACUAUGGGAUAGAACAUUUGAAGGCCUUGGGUGCCACAACAUUUUUAGGGACAGCUUAUCCUGCAGAUGUUGAGAAAUGGAUGGAAGUAGUAGAAAAGUGUUUUGGUGUGAUGAGAUGCCCAGAUGACAGAAAGGUGGUACUUGCCACCUUCUUACUUCAAGAAGUGGCAAAUGACUGGUGGCGUAUGACUCAGUUACGCCAUGGAGAUAGACAGACCAGCUGGGAGGAAUUCAAAAGCUUCUUCUAUGACAAGUUCUAUCUAAGGUCAUUUCGCAAUAUGAAACGAAAUGAAUUUUUGAAGUUAGUGCAGGGAACAAUGUCAGUGGCAGAAUAUGAGAAAAAAUAUACAGAACUAUCCAAGUAUGCUAUAUCAGUAAUUGAGGAUAAGAGGGACAGAUGCAGAAGAUUUAAGGAUGGCUUGAGGGAAGAUAUUCGUACACCCGUUACUGCAAGUGUUGAGUGUAAUGACUUUGCUCAAUUAGUUGAAACAACAAUGAGAGUUGAGAGGAGUAUCUCUGAGAAGAGGAUAGAGCGAGAAGCUACAACGAAUGCUCGUCCAAGUACCUCAUUUGGCCAACAACGUGAGUAA